AUGCCAGAAUCACUACUAUGGAUCAAUAAGGACACUGGCUCAACCGUCCUCUCCCGAAGCUCCAGGGCCGAAACGAAACAAAUCCGCAAGCAUGUCCAGCACGAAAGACAGGUCAGAGCCAAGGCGGAGGCGGCCGCCAGACCUGCACCAACAAGCGACAAGUCGCCUCGGAAGCGAAGACCAAAAGAUAGGCCAUCACCUGAACAGCAGGUCGCCGCUGUCGGGCAGCCAGAGCUCCGCCUAGAUACGAACGUACCCGCUCGAAGGCUCGAACAUCAGCGCUCAAUCUUUUCCGGAAUGUCACCAACCUAUACGUCUCCGAUUAGUCCAUCCAGUAGGUUACUUCAGGCUGUUAGUACCUUCCCAGGACUUGAGCCCGAAGAAGUCCGCAGCCUGGUUUUCUUCUGCCAUAGGACGGCUCCAGAAUGGUCUGGGUGGAGAGAUGCAGCGUUUUGGAACAGACUUAUUCUGCAAGCAUGUCACCUCAAUCGAUCUAUACUUCACGGAGUCGUCGCUCUUGGUGCCCUUCAUGAGUCUUCCGAGGCGGACGGGGAGUCGGAUGAGCGUUCGGACUUGCAGCGGCUGGCAUUGCAUCAAAGCAGCAAAGCAUCUCGCAUGGCUUAUGAGACAGCAAUGUCGGACAUCACGACCCUGAUCUCAUGCGUCAUAUUUAUUUGCCUGCAGAACUUACAGGAUAGUCGCACAGCUUAUCAGCUACUCAAAUCCGGUCACAGCCUCAUCACCGACAUCGAUGCAAGACUGGCAUCUGGCGAGCUUGUUCUGUCUGACAGUGAGAAGACUGUCCUGAACAAUUUGCUCCGACCCAUUAUCGAGCGCUUGAGGAUGCGAUUUUGUAGCAUCGUCGAUAUCCCUUCCGCACUGACACUUAGCGCGGCCAUCAACCGAAGCAAGACAGAACAUCGUCUGGCGCUGCCGGAAAUUCCCUACUGUUUUGGUAACCUUCUAGAGGGACGAAACAAGCUCGAAGAGAUAUUGGACUGGGGCCAGGAAAACAUCGAUUCCUCGCUAUCACACUGCGAACCACGAGAACAGGUGCAAGCUCUACUGUCGAACUGGAUCGCAGCUCUCGAUGAUACUCCCGUGACGAAACUCGAACGGUACGAGGCAUUGAUCACCUCCAAAAAGCUCCUUCGGGCGGCUGCACUCGUCGCCUCAAUCCUGUACGAUACGCUUGGGACCAGCGAGGAAUGCCACUAUGACCGCCACGUGGACAAGUUUGCGGAGAUCAUCGAGCUGUAUCACGAUGCAAUCGGAAACCCAGCCAAAUCGCCUAGGACUACAUCGUUCGGAAUCGAUUCUGGCGUCAUUGACACCCUCGCAUUCGUCGCUGGACGUUGUCGUGACCCAAUUAUCCGAAGGUCAGCCAUUGCUCUGCUAGCUCAGACGAAUCGACACGAAGGCGACCUUCAGGGUGGCACAGGCAGCACUAUAAUGCAGACACUUAUGGAGCUUGAAGAAGAAGGUCUUAAUGUGACCGAAGCAAUCGACGUACCAGAGUCUCGACGGCUUCGUAUUUGGGAGGACCACCAAUAUUGGCAGACGGGCGAGAUACGGAUUCUUUUCGUCAAAUGCCCAUACGAUCCGUCUUUAGGUGCCGAAGUUAAGACAGCAUCGGUCUACUUGCCCCUGAACUUUUCGAGAGCUGCCAAAGAAAAGGCGGCGCCAGGCAUUCGCGCUGGAUUGCCCAACGUCCGAUACGGUCGAGGGUUUGGUGCCUUUCUUGAAGAAGACACCCAGACAUAUCAUCAAAUAACCUUGUCUUCGUUCUUCAUGCCCGUGCCAAGACUCUGA